AUGCAUAAAGAUUCAUUAACUGUAACUCCAUUAGCAGAUGCACCAUUUGGUUGUUCUAUUGAAUUACCUUCCUAUUGUAACAAUGAUCCAUCUACUUUAAAUGAUGAUGAUUUUGCCAAGUUGGAUGAUGCUGUCCAAAGACAUUUUGUUGUACUUAUUCCAAAUCAAGUUGAAUUGUCUCCGAAGUCUCAAUAUUUGUUAACCAAAAGAUUUGAUCCAACUAUCCCAGAACCUAAAGAUGAAAGCGGUGGUUAUGGUCAUGGUAAAGAAUUUAGACAUGAUCAGUCUGUAUUGAAAAAAGAUGGUUGUUCUGUCAAGUCUCAACCACAAGUUCAAAUCUUGGGCCAAGGUGUCUUUGAAGCUGAUGAACCAGGUAAUGAAAAUGGAGAAACUAUUUCUUUAACACACCCAAGUCACACUACUUUCCACCAUACUCCAUUAACCGAGGAUCAGAUCAAAAAUAAGAAUCAAACUAGAUUUUACAGAUGGCACAUUGAUAGUGCUUUGUAUGGAUUAUCUCCACCAAAAGUUACCACCUUGUUGGGCAUCAGAAUCCCUCCAACAGAAUACCAAACAAUUGUUUAUGAAGAUGAUGGAAGUGAAUUGAAAUUGGCUAGAGGUGCUACUUGUUUCUUUAGUGGUGCUCAAGCAUUUAAAAACUUGAGUGAAGAUGACCAACAAUUUGCUUUGAACACAACUGUUGAAUACGCUCCACAUCCAUAUAUCUUCAUAUCUCCUGCUAGAGCUACUUCUGAUGGUAUUACUAUGGUUAGUGAGGGCAAAGAACUUCCAUUUGACAAAUUACCAGAAUGGGAAGAGUCAAAGAUAAAGAAAUUACCAAUGGUUUGGACUAACCCAGUUACUAAAGAACAUCAUUUGCAGGUACAUGGAUGUUGUUUGUAUAAAUUACACACGAAGAAACCAGAUGGUACUAUUGAAACUUUAGAAUUAGAGGAUGCUAGAAAAAAGGCACAUCAAUUCCUAAGACCAGCAAUUUCUCCAGAACAAGUCUAUGCACAUGCUUGGAAACAAGGUGAUUUGGUUAUUUUCGGUAAUAGACAAGUCACCCAUUCAGUUGUUUCUGAACUAGCUCAUUUAGGUGAUGCUGGAAAAAGAAUGAUGCACCAAUGUAACAUUGCUAGUGGUGCUGAUCCUGUCACAAUUAUUUAG